AUGCCCGGCCAAGUCGGCCAAACGAUUGCCGUGAUUGACAAGUCCGGCAAGGUAGUCAGCACGAGUAAACACCUCUUUGGUGUAUUCAAUCAUGCCAAGAAUGCCUAUCGAGAGCGAAAGGCUCAGAUUCAGUCCGAACGUAGCGCAAAGAUCGCCGAGCAGGAGGCGUUGAGAGCAUUGCAGACUUACACCAUCGAGGAAGUACCUUCAAUCGCCUCUUCUCGGAGGAGCCGUUCGAGACACCAUUCGGGCCGCAGUCAUCAUCACGGCUACUAUGAGGGUCCCCAAUACGAGCAGGACCUGCAUUCAGUGGCGUCGCGGCCACACUCUUCCUACCAGCGUCCAGCGGAGAUGGUCCGCCGUCACACCCAUCACGAUAUUGCCGUCCGGGAGCCCCGAGGACGGCCAAAGGCUAGUCGCUCAAGGUCAGAUGCUAACGUCGACAUGGAUCUGGCAUAUGGCGACUUCCAUCCAUCUGCCUUGACGCGCCAACCGUCCGCCGCUCAAAACGGCCAGCUCCAGAAAAUUGAGGACCCCGAACUGAAUGGUCUCGUGGGCCGGGCGCAGUGGCUGCUGGAGGAGGCCAACUGCGUGCACCAUAGUGCCACGCACACGAUCUCUCACCUCCAAAAGAACCCAGAUGCUAUGGCCGCCGUUGCACUCACCCUAGCCGAGAUCAGCAACCUGGCCACCAAAAUGGCCCCGGCGGCGCUUUCGGCCCUCAAGGCAGCGGCUCCCUCCGUGUUCGCCUUGCUUGCUAGCCCUCAGUUCUUGAUUGCGGCCGGAGUGGGUCUUGGGGCAACCAUCGUUAUGUUCGGCGGCUAUAAAAUCAUCAAGCAGAUCCAAGGCGGGAAGAACAAGGAAAUCGGGGCACCGUCGGACCCCAAGCAACAGGAAAGUAUGGACGACAUGAUGGAAAUCAAUACCGAGUGUUUAAGCAACGUUGAAAUGUGGAGACGCGGGGUGGCCGACGCCGAAGAACACAGCGUUGGCACAUCAGUCGACGGUGAGUUCAUCACGCCAACGGCCGCGGCCAUGUCGGGAAUCGACAUAACAACGGCGCGGAUGACACGGGAUCCUCGUUUCAAAUUUGACAACGACGACCGUUCGAUGGCAUCUUCGCGCCGUUCGCGCCGUUCCCACCGUUCCCGGCCGCCUCGGGCGCACUCAAGAAUGGAGCAGAUGCCUGAAUCCUAUGUAGGCUCCAAGGCCGCUCCACGAUCCUUCUUUGGCGGUGCGCCGAAGGCUUCCUCCAGAGCUCCCUCCAAGGCUGAGUCCCGCGUUUCUGAGAAAGGAAAGAAACCUGAAAAGAAGAAGCGAUCCAGCCGACUGCGACUGAUGUUUACAACCUAA